AUGAAGAUUGUCUUGCAAAAGGUUAGCCAAGCAUCUGUAGUAGUCGAUACGAGGGUUAUCUCGAGUAUUCAACAUGGCUACAUGCUAUUAGUAGGUAUAUCUACGGAGGAUUCGAUGGCCGAGAUAGAUAAACUAUCUAAAAAGGUGCUCAAUCUGAGAAUAUUCGAAGAUGAAUCUAUGAAUAUGUGGAAGAAAAAUAUCAAAGAGGCCAACGGUGAAAUUCUAUCCGUGUCUCAGUUCACACUGAUGGCAAGAACCAAGAAGGGGACCAAACCCGAUUUCCAUUUGGCUCAGAAGGGCCACAUUGCCAAAGAACUUUACGAAGAAUUUUUGAAGCUACUGAGAAAUGGUUUGGGUGAAGAAAAAGUUAAGGAUGGCGAAUUUGGAGCCAUGAUGAGUUGUUCUUUGACCAACGACGGCCCGGUUACAAUCAUCCUUGAUAGUGACUAA